UUGGGCUGCUCAAGGUUCUGAAUACAUUAUUUGGAACUAUGAUCACUGCCUUGAAGCAUUCAAAGCGGUUGAAAACAAUGCACGUAAAAAUCCAGAUGAUGAAUUUAAAAAUUAUCAUGGAUUCAAUGGUUUGCUUCAUGUACAAGAUUCUCCAGUUGAUAAAUUUGAUAUUUCUAAAGAUAUUUUUAAAGUCGCAAGAGAUUUUGGUAUUCCUUAUAAUAAUGAUUUCAGUGGGGUUCGACAAAAUGGAAUAGGAGAAUUUCAAUUUACGAUGAAAGAUGGAAAGCGUUUUACAUUGGCUGAUGGUUUUUUGACAGAUGCAUUAAAAGAAGUUAAAAUUUAUCCUCCAAAACCAAUUAUUCAUGGAUGUCCUCAUCCACCACCAUCUCGUGCAUUAGAUGAUAAUGUUGGCAAGUUCGUGGCAGUUAAUGUUAAAUCCUUUGCUCACGUGUUAAAUAUUAUUUGGGAUGAAAAAAAGAAUGAUAAGAAUGUUGCAAUUGGCGUGAAAUAUUUUUGUAAUGGUAGAAUUCACAAUUCUUAUAUUGCUCCAAAAGGUGAAGUUAUUAUUUGUGGUGGUGCUUUGAAUAGUCCUCAG